AUUAUUAUGUUCUUUUGGCUUUCAACAUUUUUUUUUUUCUUUGAGUCUAAGAACAUGCACUUUAGGCACAUAUUCAAUCUCUAAUUUAUCAGAGAAACGGAACAAAUAUUCUUGACAAGAUGAACGAUGCAGAUGUCUCGAAGCAGAUUCAGCAGAUGGUCAGAUUCAUCCGGCAAGAGGCCGAAGAGAAAGCCAAUGAGAUAUCUGUCUCUGCUGAGGAGGAAUUUAACAUUGAGAAGCUGCAAAUAUUUGAAGCUGACAAGAAAAAGAUCAAGCAAGAGUAUGACCGCAAGGCAAAGCAGGUGGAUGUGCGCAAGAAGAUCGAAUACUCGAUGCAGCUGAAUGCAUCUCGUAUAAAAGUUCUUCAAGCACAGGAUGACAUUGUAAACUCCAUGAAAGAAGCUGCUGGCAAGGAUCUUCUGCGUGUUUCGGACGACAACAAGGCAUACAAGAAGCUCAUCAAAGACUUGAUUGUUCUGAGUUUGAUGAGGCUCAAGGAGCCAGCAGUCUUGCUACGGUGCAGAGAGGUUGACAAGAAAGUUGUUGAGUCUGUGUUGGAGGAAGCAAAGAAAGCUUAUGCUGAUAAAGCCAGUGCUUCCGUCCCCAAAGUCACCAUCGAUGAUCGUGUGUUCCUCCCACCUCCUCCGAAAGGUGGCGACUCUCAUGAGCCCUUUUGUUCUGGUGGAGUGGUGUUGGCCUCCCAAGAUGGAAAGAUAGUGUGUGAAAACACCCUUGACGCACGAUUGGACGUUGUGUUCAGACAGAAGCUACCUGAGAUUCGGAAGCGCCUUUUAGGACAAACCAGUGCAUCAUGAAUUCUCUCUACUUGUAGCUGGAGAAGUACUAGAGCAGGGGCCUUGACUGAGUUUCUUGGACAGUACUUGUUCUUAUUUGGUUUGGCAGUUUACUUCUGAGAUUAUGAAAUUUGCUUCCAAAACAAUAACAGCAUAGUUUUAGCUGCCUCUGAAAUUAUUGUUAUUAGGGGCAAGCUAAUUCAUAAUAUGUCCCAUUAUUGAGCUAA